AUGGAAGAUUCUAGAGAAACACCAUCUUCAGGAUCAGGUCCAUUCUUAGUGGAUGGUGAUGAUAACUCGAAUCAAUCAUCAACCCCAUUAAAUUAUCAGGAACAAUUAAGACAACAAACUAUCAUAAAUUCAAUGGAGAAUAAGGAUUAUUUAUUGGUGAUUGCAAGUCAACAACAGAAAUCAGUUCAACAAUUAACUGAAGGUAGCUAG